AUGUCGGGUAUUGUGGCGACACCACUCACGUUUCUCGGUCAAAUAUGGCAGUCAUUGAGCCCACAGAGGAACAGUGACAGUAACGGACUGCCACUUCCCCCAGAGAUCGUGAGACACAUCUUGUCUUAUGUGAACUGUCCUUCGACGGACCUUCCGCACAGUGACCUCAAGGCAUGCCGUCUCACAUGCAAGCAAUUCGCCGCCAUCGGGGUAUCCUUCUUGGUCGAGGACCUCUACUUUUUCGCAAACCCUCGUCAGCUGCGUCUAGUGGAGCUGGUGUCCAAACACCCCGUCCACGCGUUGAAUGUCAGACGCCUGGUCUAUGACGGGAGUCCCUAUCGACCGGACUCCCCGGACUGGGAAGAGAUUGACGACCCAAGAAAGCAAUGGGAGAUCCCGAUGGCACGCUUUGACUACGACACACUGGUCAGCGCGUUGCCUCGAUUCCCAGGGCUGCGCCAUAUUGUUUAUAAAGCGAGCUGUCCCCGACGCUGGAUGAAGCCACAUGCGAUCAUUGACCCUCCGCCGCUCACAUGUUCCUUACGAGAAGCGGGGUAUGAGCCGUCUAACCAUCACGAUCUCAUGAAUCUUCUGGAGGCGAUAGCAGAUUCUGGUGUUGCAGUCGAUAGCCUGGAUAUUAUUGUUGACAUUCACUUCUUGCACACCUUGGCCCAAGCCUCAGAAAAACUCGACAAGAUCCAGUCAGCGUUUAUUACCCUUCGAUCACUGAGACUGCUCUUUAUUACACCGGAUUCAGGCGAUGCUAUCCCUGGCUAUUUGGAAAAUGGUAUCAUGGGGAAACUCCUCAGUGCGGCAAAGAGCCUUACAACCCUAAAACUGUCAUAUGGUGCAAAGACGUCGACUAAAUCCCAACCAGAUAUUGCUUAUCGUCUGGGGCUGCCUUUAGAAGCCUACAUUGGGAGCAUCAGCUCUUUGCCAUCCGAUCGCGGACUAGAGUCUAAUUUUCCACGCCUGAAAACGCUCCUCCUCGGGAGACUGUCCACAACCGAACGAGAGUUGGCCUCCUUUCUAUCAACACACCCAACAUUGCAAACGAUAGAGUUCGACGGUGUUGUAUUAGCACAGGGACAAUGGGCAAAUAUAGGGAUAUCCGCUGCUCUUCUGCCAAAUUGGCAUACGUUAAAAUGCCGCCACCUGAGACAGGAUGACCCUGUUGAGGAGGCCAGUGUGGAAUGGUUCAGUAUGGCCGAGUCUAUACCAGGGGUAGAUCCUAGCACUAUUUUCCCUGCCAACCACCCUUAUCUAGUGGUCGCCAGAAGACCUAUCUCUGAACAUAGUGGCGAUAAGCAGUGGCAAUGA